AGCGGGGUCAUGUCUCUGACUGGCCGUUUCUCUGCAGGUGUUUGAUAACUACGCGGUGACGGUGAUGAUUGGGGGGGAGCCCUACACCCUGGGGCUGUUUGACACCGCGGGUCAGGAGGAUUAUGACCGGCUGCGUCCACUCAGCUACCCUCAGACUGACGUCUUCCUGGUCUGCUUCUCUGUCGUCUCACCCUCCUCCUUCGAGAACGUCCGAGAGAAGUGGAUUCCUCUGAUCUCUCAUCACUGCCCCCGCACCCCCUUCCUGUUGGUGGGGACACAGGUUGACCUUCGCGACGACCCCAAUACUGUGGAGAAGCUGGCGAAGAACAAGCAGAGACCUCUCGCACCCGAAACCGCUGAGAAGCUAGCACGGGACCUGAGGGCCGUCAAAUACGUGGAGUGCUCUGCCCUCACACAGCGCGGUUUAAAGAACGUUUUCGAUGAGGCGAUUCUCGCGGCGCUGGAGCCUCCCGAGAUCAAGCAGAAGAGAAAGUGCAGCCUGUUAUGAGCGAGGGAAGAGGAGGAGGGGGGCAAAAUGGAAACAAAACUCUUAUACAGGCUCUCAAUCGGAAGUCAGCGCAAAGGCACACAAACACUUUCUGAAAAGCUUUUUUUUUAUAUAUAUAUAUGUAUGGGUUGAAAACUGAGUCCAUGUAGCCAGCAUACUGUCUCCAGAUUCUCUAUAGCUGGCAUACAACGUAAACUCCUCAGGGGGUCAGACUGGCUCCAGUUUC